AUGGGGAGCCAGCCACCUCCCUUUCCUCCUCCAUCAUGUGGGAUUCCAUGCAGCCUGGGUUUGGCUGUUCUGCACCUGCUUAGAAUUCAGGAAAAGGUAAGACCUAUAACUACAUUAAAGUCCUGGCAGGCCCCUAGAGGUGAGGUUCAGAGUGUGACCCAUGAGGAGUUGCGCUACAUUCGAAAAGAACUGCUUGAGUUCUCUAAUUUAUAUAAGCGGAAAUCUGAAGAACAGGGCCACCAGACACAGUUUGCCUUCAGCUGGCAAGGCCAGCAAUAUGCCUUUGCUGUCCUACUUCAGGGGUAUAUCAACUCUCCAGCUUUGUGUCACAAACUUAUUCGGAGAGAUCUUGAUUGCCUUUCACUUCUGGACCCAUCCAGUGAUCCAGUAGGAGAACUCCAGGGACUCAGAAAGAGCUACUGUCACCACACUCAUGAAAACAGAACCACCAUCUGCAGACCCAACUGUGGAACCUUGACACAGUGUAGCCCUAAUGAACAAGAUUUUAGACAAAGUCCAAUGCACUCAAGGACCAAACAGAAUCUACAGCCACUUGAGCUACUGAUAACAGUUCCACCAAUGAUGGACCAUAUUUGGACCCAGCUGAAGCCACAUAACAUGUCUCCAACCCCAUUGAACUUAGAACCCAGAAGCAAUGCUACAAGCCUGGAGACCAAAGAGGAGAAGGUCUUUGUCUUCCAAAACCAGUCUGCUGACACUGGUGACCAGGGCCACCUGGGGCAGAGCUGUGAACCCAGGGAAGCAGCUGAACAGGCCAGCAGGCAACCUGCCAUGGGGUCCUGCUCCAAGAACCCGUCCUUCUUCUGGAUGACCGGGCUCCUGGUAUUCAUCAGCCUCCUCCUCAGUGUCUGCAGCACUGCAGCCAACACUUCUGGAGCACAUGGCUCCGCAAGGAAGGAUUCUGGAGUCCCCAUUCAUCUGAAGGGCAUCCGAGGAGGUUCUGUCUUGUUUAAUGCGAUCGAGAAGCUCAGAGUAGAUGUAGGCGCCGAGCUGGAGGAAGUUCUAUGGGCUUUGGGCACUACGACAAAUCACACACAGUUGCUGCGAGUCCACAGGGGGGCCGACUCUCCAACCUGGUUGAAACUCCAGGACAAGUUCAAGCAGAGGGUCCAUGUACCCAGCAUGUCAUCCCUGAGGAUUGAGAACCUGGCCCCUGAGGACAGUGGGCAGUACUUUGCCAACAUCACCUCUACUAAGGGAGAGGGGAUUUUCCAGGUUUUCUACCUCACUGUUUACGAGCCUGUGCCUCACCCUGAGAUCCUGGCAAAGUCACUGUCUAUCACACCAGACCUGUGUAACAUCACCCUGGAGUGUAGGGCUCCAGGGGCCACAGAGGACCUGAAUGUGACUUGGGAGAGCAAGGACCUCCUCAGAGAGCUGGAGCACAGAGAAACACCAGGACCAGCCCCCAACCCCUGGACACUGGCUGUGAACCUGCCCCUGUGCCAGUGCAGCACCCACCUCACCUGUGUGGUCAGCAACCAGGUGGAUCAGAAAGCUGCAAUCUUAGACCUUGGGAAAGUCUGUGUCCAAGAAACAGGUUCACACAACACGGUUAGACUGCUCCCAGGCAUCCUAGGGGCUGUUGUGGGUAUGCUGUUGGUCCUGGGAACUGGGCUGUAUCUUUUGAAGACAUGUGGGAAGAAGAAGAGGAUGAUGAAUAUAGUAAGAGGCAAGUUGAAUUUCUCCUUCCAUACCCAGACACCUCCACUCCCUCACUAGAACCUCAGCUUCCUUUCUCCUGAAUUUUUCCUCCAGGGAGUGGACUCUGUAGAAGGAUGGUGGGUGUGGCUUUGGCCUUGGGGUUCAUGGCAGUG